AUGGCCUACUAUGGGAUAUCCUCAAAUCUGUUCAUUUAUUUGACCAAGAAACUCCGUCAAGGCACCGUUGAAUCGGCUAACAAUGUCACCAAUUGGGUCGGAACUGUAUGGAUGACUCCUGUUUUGGGUGCUUACGUGGCUGACGCCAUUUUGGGCCGUUACUGGACUUUCCUCGUUGCUUCCGUUAUCUAUCUCACGGGAAUGUCACUUCUAACUUUAUCAGCUUCAAUAUACCCUCUGAAACCAACCUCCUGCCUUGAUCCAAGUGGUGCUACCUGCAAGAAGGCCACACCAUUGCAAGUAGGUGUAUUCUUUGCUGCACUAUACACACUGGCUAUAGGCACUGGUGGAACAAAGCCUAAUAUCUCCACCAUUGGGGCAGACCAGUUUGAUGAGAUGAACCCAAAAGAGAAAUCCCACAAACUCUCUUUUUUCAACUGGUGGAUGUUUUGCAUAUUCUUUGGUACAUUGAUUUCAAACACAUUGCUUGUGUACAUACAAGACAACGAGGGAUGGACGCUCGGCUACGGGAUCCCGACCAUCGGGCUCGCCUUGUCGAUAAUCAUAUUUCUGAUGGGCACCCCACUUUACCGGCACAAGCUCCCCUCGGGAAGCCCUCUCACGAAAAUGGCUAAGGUCAUUUUCGCUGCCGUAAGAAAACGGAACGUCCCCAUCCCGACGGACGCUACACAGUUCUACGAGCAGGAUGUCGAAACGUACAGUCGGAAGGGAAAUUACCGGAUUAGGUCCACGCCUACGUUGAGGUUCCUGAACAGAGCUUGUGUGAGAACAAAGUCCUCCUCUAUCAGCCCCUGGAUGCUAUGCCCGGUGACCCAUGUCGAGGAAACCAAACAAAUGAUCCAAAUGAUACCAAUCCUAAUCACCACCUUCGUCCCGACUGCAAUGAUCUCGCAGGUAACCACGCUGUUCGUGAAGCAAGGCACGACUCUUGACCGAAGCAUCGGCGGGAGGCACGAGAUUCCCCCAGCCAGCUUAGCCUCAAUGGUCACGAUAUCCAUGUUGGUGUCGGUAGUGCUUUACGACCGCAUCCUCGUGAGAAUCCUGCGCAGAUGGACCGGCGACCCACGCGGAAUCAGCCUCCUCCAGAGAAUGGGGAUCGGCAUGUUCAUUCACAUCAUCAUAAUGGUGGUCGCAACUUUCACCGAGAGCUACAGGAGGACGAGGAUGAGGACGAGACACGAGCAACAACAAGUGUCCGUCUUUACUCUGCUGCCCCAGUUCGUGUUGAUGGGGAUUGCCGACGCGUUCUUGGAAGUGGCAAAGAUCGAGUUUUUCUACGACCAGGCGCCCCAAGGAAUGAAGAGCUUGGGGACGUCCUACUCCAUGGUCAGCCUUGGAGUGGGGAAUUACCUUAGUACCCUUUUGUUGUCCACUGUUUCGAGGCUCACCAAGGGAGAUCAUGAAGAGGGGUGGGUUGGGAAUGACCUCAACAACUCCCAUUUGGAUUAUUACUAUGCGCUGUUGGCCGCUCUCAACUUCUUUAACUUCAUUUUCUUUCUGCUUUUGGUUAGGUUUUAUGUGUACAGAGCUCAACUUUCUGCGUGA